AUGGCCAAUACUACUACUACUAAAACUAGCGGCGACAAUGGAACGAAGCAAGGAGGAAACAAUGGCGACAACACCAUGACACUGUCUUGCGUCCUUGGGUGGAUGGGAAGCAUGGCAGCCGUGGCCGUUGUGUUCUUGGCGGUGGCCAUUAUGGUGGUGCCGCGAGUCCUCUACACCGAUUUACCACCUGAUGUCUCUUUGGAUUUGACGAGUCCUACUACCAUGAUUGUCACUGGAGCCAACAGUGGUCUCGGAUUGGCAUCUGUCAUGCACUUUGCGCACAAUGAACACGCAACAAUCAUCAUGGCUUGUCGAAGCCAAACACGAUGUACCAGCGCCAAGCAACGCAUCUACGACAUUCUCGGUGAGGAGGUCGUCAAGGCGAAAUUGCAGCCCAUGAGUUUGGAUCUAUCCAAGAAAGAAUCGAUUGAAGCCUUUGCCAAUGAACUCCGGGGUCAGCCAAUUCACAUCCUCAUCAACAAUGCUGGAUUGGCAGGUGUUUUUCCAGAUCUCGAAUACAAUGCCGAGAAUGGAAUCGAAACUCAUAUUCAUGUCAAUCACUUGGGUCAUGUGCGAUUGAUGCAUUGUUUGUGGAACAAUCUACAAAUGGCAGAAAAUGCGAGAAUUGUGGCCGUCUCGUCGCUCAUGGCAGCUCCUGCCAAGAUUAUACCGACAUUUGGAUGGACUCAAGACGAACCUCGCUACACCACCCAUUGGAAUGGGCGCAUGUACGGAGGAAGCAAACGUGCGAAUCUGUUUUUUGCCAAUGAAUUGCACCACCGGUUGAUGGAUGAUACCGCUCUAAUCGGAAACAAAAAGAAUGGCAGUCAGAUCAGUGUCGUUGCCGCUCACCCAGGCUUUACGCAGACAGAUUUGUGCAAAAAUGGAUGCACGGGAAAAAACACUUUUGGCAGAUACUUGUCCAAUCUAAAAUUGCUCGUAGGGACGAUCAAAAUGACGGCGGAAGAUGGAGCUUUGUCACAAGCGUAUGCUGCUGUUGUCCCACAAAGUGGCGUGUACAUUGGUCCUUCCUUGGCAUUGGUGGGAGGGCCAAAAAUUUUGGGACAGCUGGAUCACUCUAGGCAUCACAUGGCCUUUACACGUGAUGAAAGCAAAGAGCUCUGGGAUAAGAGUUUAAAAGCCUUGGGAAUCGAGGUCUUUGGCGACUACAAGGUUCCUGUGGAGAAUGAAGAGGAGGUGAAUGUUAAUGAAGUUGCACCAGAGAUGAUGGAAAGUUCGGAAGAGGUUACCACGGAGUAA